GAAGUGACAUACAAUGUUCUCAUCCUGCCAUAUGCCGAAAUCAAGAAGGACGAUGUAAAAAAAUGGAGUGGUACCAGCACCAUAUUGACCCUUCAUCUUGAUGAACCCUUCGAUACUUUCAAAGCCCAGAUUCUCUGCAAGAUCGACAAAGAAACGUCUCCUGCUACUCUUUCCUUCGAUAACUACAAAGCAUUUUUUUCAAUUGUCCGAAUUUCACCAAAGCCAACCUCACUGUCCGACGAAGAUGACUAUAAGGAACUCAUCAAGUGUCUGAUGAAGAUCAAGGAACCAAUUGUAACGAUAUAUGUUCAAGAACUCUCUGACCUCAAAAAGGUAUGCCGUAAAGACCGAGCAUCUUACAAGGAGAAUGGAAGUAGUGGUGAGGAUAGCAGUGAUGAAGGGCAGAGAAGGAAAAGGAAAAAGAAGAAGACUCAAAAAACAAAGGCAUUGAAUCGGAAUAUCACAAAGUUGACAGAUCGUUGGGUAUGUCACAAGAAGCCAGGUUGUCACAGCGAACAUUGCUUCGUGAAUCCUGGAGAUGGUGGCUCCCACAUACCACUCUCGUUUCCGUUGCUUGAUUGUUGGGCAUCAGCAAUGGAAAAAGGCCCCGAGUAUGCGACACUUGAAAUGCCUCCAAAUCAUUCCCACUUCAGUAUGGUGCCGAUCGAGUUACUUGGCCAUCAAUCAUUAUUAGCAGUCCGUUGUCAACAACAACAGGCCAACGAGCAAGCAAAGAAACUGGUAGCAACACCUGCCCCUGCAUCCAGUGGGCCUGUUGUCAAUGUCAAUUUCCCUCCUGAGCUGUUCCAAGCGAUUCGAGGCCUUUCUGCACCCAUGGCAUCUCAGUUUCCGUCGCAAAAUCUGGCUCCUGCUAUGCAUCCUGCUCCAUCAUUGCUAUCUCCUGCACAACUUACUUCUCUGGGACCUCAAUUGACUCUCAUUGACUUCUGCUCGAUGUACGAAAUUUCUGAUACACUCCGAAAAAAACUCCUCGAACAUGGUUUCAAUUCUUCACACUCUCUUCGCUAUGUAACUAUUGAUGACUUGCAGAAGGUUGGCCUGCUUUGUGGGGAACUCGCAGAGCUGAAGGAUGCUAUCUCGCGAUGGUGUGGGGAGUAG